CUCGUUAGGGCACUGCACGUGAACACUACGAGCAUUGUGAGCCGGACUGCCCACCUUGACAAAUUUUCGUGCGUCUAACAACUCACAGCCGAAGUUCAACGUUCUACUAACCGUCCCCUGUGCAGUCGUCAGAAUGGUUGCCGCUAAGCACGUCAAGAUCGUCAAGAAGCGCACGAAGCGCUUCGAGCGUCACCAGAGUGAUCGCUUCAAGUGUGUCGACCCCAGCUGGCGCAAGCCCAAGGGUAUCGACAGCCGUGUCCGACGACGAUUCCGCGGCACCAUUGCCAUGCCCUCUAUCGGCUAUGGCUCCAACAAGAAGACCCGCUACAUGACCCCCUCCGGCCACAAGGCUUUCCUCGUCAGCAACGUCAACGAUGUCGAGCUUCUCCUUAUGCACAACCGAACCCACGCUGCCGAGAUUGCCCACAACGUCUCGUCGAGGAAGCGAGUUGACAUCAUUGCCCGCGCCAAGCAACUGGGUGUCAAGGUCACCAACCCCAAGGCGAAGGUUACCACCGAGGUUUAAAAGGAAAGGGAUCGGUUAUUGGGCUGCUUUACGGUUAUGCAUCGGAAAGGGGUUUGCGUUACUUGCGGUUCUGGCACAUAGCUCCAUGGCAUGCUAGAGAAUAAAAAAACGCGCCGUUGAACGACAAUGAUAUCUGGCAUCAACUGCUUGAGUAGCAAAUUCUCUUUUGAGUUGGAAGUGACAUGAAAUAUAUGUCUGAUCCGCUCGAAGCUGAUGAGGUCUCUGAUGGAGGCACGGGUGAAGGGUGAACAUAUUGUGAAUUGUGGAUGAGACCAUGAAAAUAAACAAGACUCCCUCUGAGGGCCCCAUCUGCUCCCCCAAAGUCCUCGAAAUGUUGACCGUUUUACAUUUGCAGCGAAGAUUGAUUAUGACGUUGGUGCCUACGCAAGCCAGAUUCGAUUGCAAUAGGCCGCAAGGCUAGAAAAUCCUGUGGGUGUCUUCCCUGGCU